UCUGACUGUCUUGCCAGCCUAGAAGCCUCCUAUCUCUACCCAUAAUUCAUGAAGUUCCUUCUGAUUUUGACCGUUACCCUGCUCCUGGCCCAGGUCACCCCAGCCAUGAAGUGUUGGAAUAAUUUGGGAAGAUGCAGAGAAACGUGUGAACAGAAUGAAGUGUUCCAUAUAAUGUGCAAGAAUGAGGGUAUGUGCUGUAUAUCUCCCAAGCAUCUGCCUGCCAGAAACUGAAUCUUCAAACAUAGUUGGAAGAUUGAGAUAAAUUUCCGUGGUCUGACACACCUGAUGCAAACUUGAGUCUAACAUCAUUGGACCCUAUGGUUCUGGUAAAUCAUUCUUGCCUGUACUUUUUGUGUCUGACAGUUCUAUCCAGUUA